AUGAGCCUAGAUUUUAGGAAUUGGGCUAUUCCCCAGGUGUGUGAACCUGCAUGCGUUGUCAGUGAUGCCGUCAAGCAGCCGCGACCCCCGACCCCUGCCUGGGAUGGCGACCAGGACAUUGUCAGAGCCGCGCCCCCUCAAAGCUGCGACCCCCGACCCUCGCCCAUCCCAGAGCCGCGACCCCUCAGAGGCACGGUCCCCUCAGAGGUGCGGCCUCCUGAGAGCCGCGACCCCCGACCCCCGACCCAACCCAGAGCCGUGAACCCUCAGAGCCGCUAUCCCCUCAGAACCGCGACCCCCGACCCUCGCCCAUCCCAGAGCCGCGAUCCCCUCAGAGCCGCGACCCCCAACCCUCGCCCAUCCCAGAGCCGCGACCCCUCAAAGCUGCGGACCCCGACCCCGCCCGCUCCAGAGCCGCGACCCCUCAGAACCGCGACCCCCGACCCCCCUACCCCAGAGCCGCGACCCCUCAGAGGCACGGCCCCCUCAGAACCGCGACCCCCGACCCCGCCCGCUCCAGAGCCGCGACCCCUCAGAGGCACGGCCCCUCAGAGCCGCGACCCCCGACCCUCGCCCAUCCCAGAGCCGCGACUCCCUCAGAGCCGCGACCCCUCAGAGGCACGGUCCCCUCAGAGCCGCGAUCCCCUCAGAACCGCGACCCCCGACCCCCUCCUACCCCAGAGCCGCGACCCCUCAGAGGCACUGCCCCCUCAGAGCCCCGACCCCCGACCCCCGCCCAUCCCAGAGCCGCGACCCCUCAGAGGCACGGCCCUCUCAGAGCCGCGACCCCCGACCCCCGCCUACCCCAGAGCCGCGACCCCUCAGAGGCACGGCCCCCUCACAACCGCGACCCCCGACCCCGCCCGCCCCAGAGCCACGGCCCCCCGGCCCCGCCCCUCCCGCUCAGGGCGCGCGCCCCCGCCGGCCCCCGCGCGCCGCCACAAGCCCCGCCCCCGCGCGUCCUGA